AUGAGACUCUUUAUCUUGAUUGUCGCUUUGUGCGCUGCAGAAAAUAUGACUUAUCCUGAACUGUCUAUAUCACUCGGGAAGAUAAAGGGUUCGAUGAUGCGAACACGACUAAAUAAAGAUAUAUAUGCAUUUCGAGGACUGCGUUAUGCGGAAUCUCCUGUUGGAAAACGACGUUUCGAAGUUGCGGUACCUGCUAAAGCUUGGGAAGGAGUUUUCGAUGCUUCUGAAGAAGGUCCAUCAUGUCCAAGAGUCGGUGGCCAAUUGAUUCAAGACGACUGUUUAUGCCUCAAUGUUUAUACAAGAAAGAUUCCAAAAUCUGGGGAAAAUUGUGCCAAGUAUCCAGUAAUAGUAUACUUCCAUCCUGGAGGAUUCUAUGGUUUUUCAGGUCAAAGUUAUUUAUUUGGACCUCAAUAUCUACUGGAUGAAGAUGUUGUUUUGGUAACAGUUAAUUUUCGGUUGGGCGCCAUAGGCUUUACUGCUACUGGAGACGCUGAAUUUCCAGGAAAUUUGGGACUGAAGGACCAGGUCCAAGCGUUGCGUUGGGUGCAACAAAAUAUAGCAGCGUUCAAUGGUGAUUCAAACUGCGUAACGAUUGUUGGUUAUAGUGCAGGAUCUUGGAGUACUGCACUUCACAUGCUGUCACCCAUGUCACGUGGGCUCUUUCACCGCGUGGUUUCUAUGAGUGGAUCUCCGACCAAGGGUGAAAAACUUCAGUAUCAGCAAGUUGACAUCGCCAAAAAACAAGCUCGACUUGUCGGUUGUCCUUCUGAAAACUCUAAAGUCAUGCGCGAGUGUUUUGAAACCGUUCCAAGUGAUAAAAUGGCAGCGACUGUGAACAAUUUUACUGAGUGGCAUGGCGAUCCAAUUCGAUACUGGUCACCAGUAGUAGAACCUGACAUCCCAGGACUCGAGAGGUUUAUCGUCGAUCAGCCAAUUGAUAUUAUUAGACGUGGCGAUUUCCAUAAAGUGCCCUUCAUGGCUGGAUCUACUCUUGAUGAAUUUGGUUCCCGAGUUAGAACUGCAGUAACGGAAGCCCGAAAAGGGAAUAAUUCAAUUUUUGAAGACUUGAAUAAUAAUUGGAAUCACAUCGCACCAAUAGCCUUUCAAUAUGAACGAGAUACUAUAAGAUCUAAGCAAAUAAGUCAAGAGUUACGAUCUUUUUACUUUAAAAAUGAAACAAUUGGUCUACAGAAUUGGCCGGCACUUGCUCAUUUAUAUGGAGACGCUAUAGUAUCCUUUCCAAUGCAUCGCCUUGUUGAUCUAGUCUCUAAACACUCGGACCAGCCGGUUUAUUACUAUCACUUUGUUUAUCAAGGGCGUUUCAGCUGGAAUACUUGGGAAGAUACCAAAAAACCAUUUGGUGUUGUCCAUCACGACGAUUUGAUGUAUCUGUUUUACAUGAAACGGUUCUUUCCAUUUUUUGAGUCAAAUGCGCCGGAAAUACCAACCGUAGAACAUAUGACAGCUAUGUGGGCAAGUUUUGCUAAAACUGGUAAUCCCAUUCCGAAAAACCAUCCACUGUUUCAGGGUGUUACUUGGGAACCAUUUCAACCCGAAAUUAAACAAUAUCUUGAAAUUAAUAGUACAUUGACCAUGAAGUAUAAUCUUAAUGCUGAAAGGAUGGAAGCAUUUGAACGAAUUUUCCCAUUGCCGACUCUAAAACCAAAUUAAGCAGAGUUCUUCACGAACCAACUUGACCCCCCCCCCUCCCCCCAGUAAUAUGGGAAUGUCGCACUCCUUGCAGCACCUUGAGCAACCAUGCGAAUUAGAAAUUUUCACAACAUCUGAAAUGGAAACUUUGGAUUUCUGUCAUUAGUUUAGAAAAGUUUCGCGCAUGCUAAGUUUAGUUUGUUUGAUUUCCAAUAAGAUGAAAGCGCAACUUUCUUUUCGUUACAGAACAAAAAUUGAAACUUUCCUCGCGAAUGCAGCGAACAAUAAUUAACCCCUUCUAUUUCAGAGAUCAUAUUCAAGAUACCUGCUUUAAUAAAAAGAAAUUUUUUAAUCAUCAAAUAUUUUUAUUAAACUUUCUAAAUAAAUAAACAAGCCAGAGUAUAAAACUUUCUAAAUAAAUAGACCAUUAUAAAAUAAUAUAAAUUUUAAAUUAA